AUGUCAUCCUGGCAUUUGCCGGAUCAACAGGGUGCUAUAUCUCGUGCGAUUGGCGCAGAGUUCUCAAGUUCGAGUCCUGCUAAAUAUCUACAUCGCCAGCCCCCCGACUCGCUUAUUCACUGUAACAGUGGUAUAAGUUACAGCUGUCUCUGCAGGUACCUCCGCCUUGUCAACACCCAAUUCCAACCCAUUCAGAUUUCAUACUGGAACCUGCCUUCAACGCCAGUUCAGCACGUCGAUACUAUCCAUUUAACUAAUCCCAAAUCAUCAACUGCCAACGUCAAUGCCAACACAUUCCCGACUUUCUGGCAUGAUUGUGCCUCUUCCCUUAUUCCAAUGCCGUCUUUCUCCAGUCUUUUUACGCUUCACUCUCUUGCCCCUCUUCUAUCAUCUCCUCUAGCAGGACGUAGUCGAUGGAGUAUUCGUCUUACCGUGCAUCUAACCGUCUCGCGCAUCCUGCACCCAUUCAUCCAGCCAUCUCAUCCAACCCCCACAGAGGCCAAUCAAGCAUCUGCAACCUGCCCUGCCACUGUUCUCCAACCAGGCGACCUCAUGAAUGCAAGGCAUUCUGGCGCUGUGAGUGGCAUGGGCAGAGAGAGUGGUGGUGAUAUGAUCAUAGGCCUUUUCGUCCAUACGUCUUUCCAGUUCGGAGGUGUUUAG